UUACGCAUGCGCAGUGCGUGAAGCCGCUGGGACGCACUGUAUUCCGGUAGUUGGUUUGACAUGGCGGCUGCCUCCAGUCCGGUAGAUUCUGCACCGGCGGUUAAAACCGCGCCGCCGGUAUCCGCUGCCUUUGACCUGUCCGACCCUCCGGUCAUCGACGGCUUCACCCCGUUAUCCCGGCACAAAGAGGAGAGCUUUAAAGACAAGUUCAUCCGGAAAACCAAAGAGAACCCGUUUGUCCCUGUGGGUUGCCUGGGCACUGCAGGAGCUCUCAUCUACGGCCUCCGAGCCUUCAAACAGGGGAAGACGCACCAGUCCCAGAUGCUCAUGCGCACUCGUAUCUUCGCCCAGGGAUUCACCGUCGUGGCUAUUAUCGUGGGCGUCGCUGCUGCGGCACUGAAACCCAGACAGUGAAGGGGUUCGGAGGUCACCUCUGUCUCAUGGCUUGUCUAGACAACUGCAACAGGUGGAUUUCCUGGUUGUCUACAGGUGAAGACCUUUGUAUUGGCGAGAGUGUAGAAACCUGCUGCAGUUAGAUGUUAGUUGAUUUGGUUUCACUUUUUAUACAUUUAUUGUACAAUACUAUUAAAUAUAUUCUAGUAAUAUAAUGAGGAAAGAGGAAUAAUAAACACGAGCAAAAAUAAAAAAGAUUAUGUUUGAUGGAAUCAUGGUUUGCUGGAGAUAAUACCCUCUGUUCACACCAGCAUGUGAUGCCUGAAGUGAGUUUCUCAAUGUUAAGCACGUUAGGUACGGCUUAACGACGCCAAAUCCCUGCCUCAAACGAUUCCUCGGACCAAAUUGUUAGAGGUGUGGUCUUCACUUCCCCGCCUACAACCUUCAGACCACUUUUUGGUGCACAAACAUACAACCUGACUGGGAGGCGUUCACCACCAACCCUGGUCCUACUGUUACUAACGUGUAAACCAAAAUUACCCUUUUAAAAAUGUUUCAAACAUGAAAAAGUAAUUGUUUUUACUUUGAUCCUACCUGCGGAAAAAUCCUCGACACGUCUCAAGAACAGGUAGAACACGUACGCGGUAGUGACCUUUAUUACAUGUACGUCAUAAAAACAUAAAUUACUUUUCUCAAAAGUUGAGGCCUAAACCCACGUCCCUCAUCAGAAUUGAAUAUCUGAACAAACAAAACGAGGCACGACGCUUGCUGGUGUGAACAUAAGGGAUGUAGUUAUUUUUUGUUAUAUUAUCACUGUCACUAAAAGGUUGUGAAAAAUUUAAAGGUGAAAUGUCGAAUAAACAAUCUCAACCAUGAA